AUGCCAAAAACAAUUCUUGCACGCAAGAAAGCUUUACAACCAAUAGGUUUUCGUGCCAAACCAAUACUUAUCGAUGGGCGUGGCCACUUAAUUGGUCGUUUAGCAGCAACAGUCGCCAAAACAAUCUUACAAGGUCACAAUGUUAUUGUUGUACGAUGCGAAGGUCUUAACAUUAGUGGAUCAUUUUAUCGAAACAAACUUAAAUAUUUGGAAUUCCUUCGUAAACGUUGUAACAUUAAUCCAGCACGUGGUCCGUUUCAUUUUCGUGCACCGUCAAAAAUCUUUACACGUAUUGUACGUGGUAUGGUACCACAUAAAACUGAACGUGGAAAACAAGCUCUAGUUCGUCUACAUGCUUUCGAAGGUAUUCCAACACCAUACGAUAAACAAAAACGUUUAGUUGUUCCAAGUGCUUUACGUACAUUACGACUUAAACCACGUCGUCGUUUUACCGAACUUGGCCGAUUAUCAACAGAAGUUGGUUGGCAAUAUCAAACCGUUGUUGCAACAUUAGAAAAGAAAAGAAAAAUCAAGGCUAAACACUAUCAUUUACGACAACGUGAAUUGAAAAAACUUAAAACAGAUGCAACAAAAAAAGUAGCCUCAAAACCCCAAGCUGCUAAACAUCUUGCCGUACUUCAAAAAUAUGGUUAUCAAGUUUAA